CUCAUUAGUAAUUAGUCUAAUUUCUUCUUCUCCUCGAAACCUUUUACUCACUCUGUUUGCACCUAGUAUAAUAAUCAGCUUAAUUGGAGUCAAGGUUGAAGAAUAGUGCGCGCGUGUGUUUCUCAACUGAACUGAACCGUAAAGUAACUAGAGUCCGAAAGUGUCAAAGUGCCAAGUGUCGCGUAAAUAGCUAGCGUACAGUGAUAUUAUAUCAAUUUGCUGUUCAAUCGAGCAAAAGCGACGUUCGUCUCUACCUUCUACACAUAUACAAGGGCUACAAGGCUACGUACAAGUUUUUUAGAGGAGGAAAGCUGAACGAAAUAACGUCAAAAGGUCGCCAGGCCAGGAAUUUCCAGUUUUACGGCAAGAAUUCUAAUCACCACGUGUCACACGACGUCUCGACACCGGAGGAAAAUGAUUCGCAGAUGCCCAUCCUGGCGGAGCCGAUACUCAACGUCACGGUCAGCGUCGGCCGGGACGCCCUGCUCGCCUGUGUCGUCGACAACCUGCGAAAUUACAAGGUCGCUUGGGUUCGGGUAGACACCCAGACGAUUCUCUCGAUACACCGCAACGUGAUCACGCAAAAUCCUCGGAUAUCGCUCUCGGUCACCGAUCACCGCACCUGGUAUCUCCACAUAAAAAACGUCCAGGAGAUCGACAGGGGAUGGUACAUGUGUCAAGUGAACACGGACCCCAUGAGAAGUCGCUCGGGCUACCUGCAGGUCGUCGUGCCGCCGUCUUUCGUUACCAAGGAGACCAGCACGGACAUGGUUGUGCGGGAAGCUUCGAACGUGACGCUGACUUGUAAGGCGACUGGAUAUCCCGAGCCCUACGUUAUGUGGCAGCGCGAGGACAGCAAAAACAUCAACUACAACGGAGAGAGCGUCGACGUUGUCAAUGGAGAAGUACUGCAUAUCACAAAAAUUAGUCGUUUGCACAUGGGCGCAUAUCUGUGUAUCGCUGCUAAUGGAGUACCUCCAAGAGUCAGCACGAGGGUCGUUUUGAAAGUGCAGUUUCCGCCAAUGUUAUCCAUACCCAAUCAAUUAGAGGGAGCCUAUAUUGGGCAGGAUGUGACUUUGGAAUGUCACACGGAAGCUUAUCCUGAUUCAAUUAAUUAUUGGACCACCGAGCACGGCACCAUGAUUGUUUCAGGCAAUUAUCGCUCGGUCGUAGGUGACAAAUACGAGGCAGAAAUUACGAAAAGUGGAUAUAAUCAGUAUAUGAAAUUGAAAAUUCGAAACGUUGGGCCUGAAGACUUUGGCUCUUACAAAUGCGUCGCUCAGAAUUCGCUCGGCGGUACUGACGGCGUCAUCAAGUUGGAUGAAAUUCCAGCACCAUCGACUACUACUCCAGCGUCAAAUCACGUGACUUAUUCCAUUAGGAAAAAUGGAAAAAAUGGUAAUAGAAAGCUGCACAAUCGUCCGAACGACUAUGAAGUAGAGGAAUGGCGAGAUUCAGAUUACAAGCGUGAGUACGGCAUGCCUUCGACGAGGCCAGGCGAAGGUGACGACGGGGAGGACAGCGACGACCUGCCGUCCUCGGGAGCUUUGAGCCUGGCACCGACGUCGGGGCCGGAGGUCGCGUUCUCGCUCUUCCUACUGCUGCUCUCCCAGGUGCUUGUGCCGGCGCUAGCCCGCAGGUGAUUGCCCGAGCAGCAGCAGCUGCCGACGAGCUUCUUCCACAUAGGUAUUCUUAGCCAAGUUAACGAGCGCGCCGUCGCCGUCGCCGGGGACGACGACAAGCCCAAAGACGCGGCGAUGACUGAUCGCAGUGCUGCACUGCGGAUAAAUAAUGCAUGAGCCCGCCCCGUCGCGCACGCCAAGCUUUUUCGCGUCCGAACGGGUGUGAAAACAAAACAAACUUAGGCUACGUAUAUAAAUAUGACUUAUAUACAUAUAUCGCGUAUGUCUGUGUAUAACCCCGAGAGUUCGCGUGCGUGUGAGAGAGUGCAACGUGUAAAAAUGCAGAAGGUCGAGGGCGAUGACGAUAGCGCAUUAAAUUAUUUUCGUACUGACGACUGUAUACUAAUGUAUGUACAGGGAAGGCCAGAUGCCAAGCCAUCGCGUUUGACGGCCUCGCGAGCUCGCGUGCCUUCCUCAUAUGAGUUCCUCCUGAGAGAGGAAGGACCGCGCGCAAACAGCGCCGCCACACGGCGAGCUUAACAGUCUCAUCUUCCCUGUACUACGCUCUGCGAGUACGGUUACGCACUUCGCAUUGCGGGAUAUGAAUUGAUGCCUGGUUAAACUUGUGAUGCAGCGUGCCCGGAAGCUCCGUGUCUCAUUGAGUGACGCCAAGGGAUGUAGGAAUACCAAAGUCGAAUCAAGUAUCAAAACUAUUAUAACAGUCCUUUUAUAUUACAACACUGAAUGAGACAUCGCUCUGGGCAUCCGUAACGUUCAGCUGGCAUAGGAUGAAACAAACGACACGCGUACAAGAAAUUUUUGCCUUAAAAAGGAAGCAUCAAAAUUUUUCAUUGACACACGCUCAUAGUUCUCGACUUCAGAGCCAACAAAAGCAACCGUUCAUAACGAGAUUUGCGAACUUCUUUUGUAUCCACGAAACAGUUUUGAACAACUACCAUACGCUUGGAGAUGGAGGGGAAUCGCGGUAAGCAAAAUGUUUCUUGUAAAUGUGUUAAGCUAGUGAAUUAUGUCAACGCGAACGAUUCGUACUAAACGUUUGCGACUUAGUGUACGUGGAAAAACACUUGCCGUUUUUCUUUGAAAAGCCAAAAGAAAUUACCAUUUUUAUACUCAAAAAAAAUAACAUCUUUUCAUACGACACUCGAAUAAACAGCUGAAUUGUUUCUUUGGUCGAACGAUCGAUCGACUGCAUAACUCAAUUACUAGUUAGUUGUUCAAGAGCGAAGUAUAAAUUCAUUGUCAUCUACAGUAUGAUAAACGUGGUGAAUUUUUCCUAGAAAAUCGCAAGUGAAUAACUGCUAUUUUGUAUCAUACAAAGUAAGAAGACGAAUUAUUAUAGGAGAAAAACUGGGAGAACCAAGGUUUGAGCAGACGACUGAGAAAAAAAAUUUUGGAAAACUAUUGUACUUUGAAUUUGAAAUUUCCAAUUGUUUCGAUUUCCACUUUUCUCCACUCGCCAAUUUUUACGACUUACGACUGUCAAUCUAUCAACAAGGCUGAACAUUGCAUACCAAUCGCAGGAGAAUUUUUUCUCGUUUGAUAAGGUCUCUUGUGUAACGUCGUUUUAAUAACUCGAUUGCGUUUAAAUGCAAAGUGUAAAACAGUUUACAAAAUUUUAUUCUCAUAAUCGUUCGAGAAACUUAGAUUACAUGUAUUAUAAAUAAAUAAAUAAGUGAAUAAACAAAUAAAUAAAUAAAUGGUAGAAAAGAAACGUGUGUGUAUAUAUUUGUGUAAUCGAACGAAUGUAUAUGCCUGAAACGCGCACAGUUUAUGGCGAAGUCACUUGGAAAUCUCAUCGUAUACGUACCAAAGUUUAUUUCGAGUUCUCUAACAGCUCCGGUACACGCGAACACAACGAUUCAUCGAUCCGAGUGUUAGUUAAAUACCGUUUCUUUCAGUGAAGGUUUCCGUCGUGGGAUCUGUAAAUACUGUAUAGUCAUAGACGAGCGUGCUCUUCUUUUAUUGCUAUACAUUAUACUAUCAAUUUCUUCCAAAGUCCUCGAAACGUAUAUCAUACUUAGUUUAUUAGAAUUUUUUUUUUGUCAAAAUUAUUAUAUUUCAAAAGGUGUGAUACGAACGCAGUGCAACUAUCGAAACGAUGCUGUAGCUAUCCAAGUGGCUAGAACUUAUUAUUUGUUAUGCGCAUAGACGUAGUAAUCUAAUUGCCAGAUGAGUAAAGUAGUAGUUUAUUAAAGACAAAAAUAUAAACAUAUUUAAGCGAGAUGUACUCACAAGUGCUCACGCUCUAGUGUCAUAUGGGACUCGAAAAACGCUUACGCAAGUAUUAAAUAGUUGUAAACUAAACGGAAUAGUAUGUUAUACGUGCUGUGUUACUGCUGAGAAAUGAGAUGAAUAUUGGAGAGGAGUGGAGCUGGGGGUGCGUGAUAUUGAUCUAAUAAGGAAGAGGAGAGAAAAACGUCGUUCGAUUACUUGAAAUCUUUUUAAAACUCGUUUGUUUUGGAACUCGAGACAAUCCCAGAGAUCGAUGUGCAAAAUAAUAUACGAGUUGCGGGUUAUAUGAAGCCGAGAAAGUUCCAGGACAGCUUCGAUUAGUUUCAGGUGCCGUUAUUAGGUUGAACAUCAUUGUGUAGUCGGUAGCAAACGAGGGAUAAUUGAAAUACUUGUUUCGAGCGUUAUACACGUACUCGGAUUUAUUUUUGUUAUAUGGACGAUAUCUAGUUAGAAAGAGGUAAAUUGAACAGCAUACGAAAGCGUGAAGAUAAAUCAAUCUGUUAAUAUUGUUGUGUGACGAAAAAGUCUUGUGCGCUGUGCUCAUGCUUGGACAAAAAUUAUUUUUAUGCAUUUUAUACCAUGUACAAAUGUAUGUAAAUUUGCGACGUCGAUAGAUUCCACAUUCGUUUCAAUAGCUAUGUAUCAAACAUGUCUGAGUCUGAGUUUCUCGUUAUCUCACAUUAUAUAGAGUACUAGAGAACUACUGUAUGUAUAUUGAAAUGAUAAACCAGAAGUAUAUAGUUCGAGAGUAUCUGACGAGGAACGACGAAUUCAUUUAUAGUUCGAAAGCGCGGCGCGAGAUGUGCGCGACAUUGAAACUAUAUUAAAGAAAAAUAGGUAACGAUUUGUUGUAAUUAAUAUAUAUAU